AUGCCCAUAGGUGGUAGCAGACUGAAUUUUCUGUGUAAACGUUUCCCUGUUAAAAUGCCUCUCACAGAGGAGCAGAGGAAGAAGAUUGAAGAAAACCGACAAAGGGCUCUGGCCCGUAGAGCUGAGAAAUUACUAGCAGAACAGCACCGGAGUGUAGGCUCGACCUCCCAUCUUGCUGCCAAACCUUCCCAGACCACCCAGGCUGCGUCCCCAAGUCUCCCCAGGGAUCUUUCAACACCCGGGGACCAUGGUGCCACUCUCAAGCAACAGAACCUCAGUAGUUCACAUGGUGGUGACCACCCAAGACCUCACGAUUCCCAAGAUUUUCAUCUCGUUACACCCAAGCCGGCAAAGGGACUAGGGCAGCAGCAAGAAGCGAUGCCCACGGCCUGCCCAGGCCACAGCCCACCACGUCAAAUGGCAUCCGCCGCCACGGCCUCCGUCUCCCACCCCUGGACACAAAGCCCUUCGGAGUUCACCCGCCAAUUGCUUUCGGGGUUCAAGUCGAGUCAAGCUCCUCCACGGGCUUCUCAGGAGAUCCAACCAACACACUCUCAUGACACAACUCAUGAACUUUUGGGCAAAGGCAAAACAUCAUCCCAAGAGACAUUAGCUUCUUCCUCUGGACAGCCCCCCAAGGACCCUGAUUCACAGACCAAGACAGCGAGGCCAUCCCCGUCCCCGUCAGGGCAGGCCGUUUCCGGCAUUCAGCUGGGUGCAGGGAGUGUGCCUCCCCCCGGGCCGGAAGGAAGAGGGCAAGUGCAGAAGGGCAAGUGCAUAAAGAAGGGAGAUCGGUUCCAGGUGGUGAUCGGCUAUGACGCCAAGCUCAUUGCAGUGUUUAAGAGUGUGCCCAGCAGACGUUAUGACCCUGAGUCCAAGACGUGGAACUUCAGCAUGACCGACUACGGCGCCCUGAUGAAAGCGGUCCAGAACCUUCCGACGGUCACCCUGCAGCCUUUGGAAGAGGCCCCCGGAAACAGGGAGCCCCAGACUGCGGGACCCAGCGACGCCCGCCUGCCUCCAGCGGCUUCGCUCUCCUUUGUCAAAGGGCAGUGCCUGCUCAUCUCCAGGUCCCGCUUCGAGGCAGACAUCGGCUAUUCCGAAGACCUGAUCGAACUCUUCCGGAAGAUGAAGUCCAAGAUUUACGAUGCCAAGACCAGGAAGUGGAACUUUCUGUUGGAGGAGCAUAACGUGUUGAUUGAACAAGCACGCCUCGUUCCCCAAGUUCUGCUGGAGCCUCUGCCCAACACGCUGCUCCAGGCUUUCGCCUCUCAGCUGAAGAAGACAUGCGUGGAAGUCGACAUUCCUGAGGCGGACCUUUCUGGAGUGGACACCAAGCUUGUGUCCAGCCUGCUGCCUUUCCAGAGAGUUGGAGUCAAUUUCGCCAUAGCCAAGGGAGGCCGCCUGCUCCUGGCUGACGACAUGGGCCUGGGCAAGACCAUCCAGGCCCUGUGCAUCGCCGCCUAUUACCGGAAGGAGUGGCCGCUGCUGGUGGUGGUUCCGUCUUCCGUGCGCUUCACCUGGAAGCAGGCCUUCCUCCGGUGGCUACCAUCCCUGAGUGAGGACAGCAUCAACGUCGUGGUGAGCGGGAAGGACCGGUUGGCUGCUGGCCUGGUCAGCAUCGUCAGUUUUGACCUUCUGAGCAAGGUGGAGAAGCAGCUGAAAACUGCAUCGUCUUUUAAAGUCGUCAUCAUUGAUGAGUCACACUUCCUCAAGAACAGUAAGACUGCCCGCUGUCGUGCGGCCAUGCCCAUCCUCAAGAUGGCCAAGAGGGUGAUCUUACUGUCGGGCACGCCAGCCAUGUCCCGGCCCGCGGAACUCUACACGCAGAUCAUCGCCGUCAAGCCCACGUUCUUCCCGCACUUCCAUCUCUUCGGAGUUCGCUACUGUGAUGCCAAGCGGCAGCCCUGGGGAUGGGACUACUCGGGCUCCUCCAACCUGGGGGAGCUGAAGAUCCUGCUGGAGGAGGUGGUGAUGCUGCGGCGUCUCAAGAGCGACGUCCUGUCCCAGCUCCCCGCCAAGCAGCGCAAGAUGGUGGUGGUGGCCCCCGAGCGCAUGAGUGCCAAGACCAGGGCCGCCCUGGACGCUGCGGCCAAGGAGAUGACCACCAAGAACACAAAACAGAAGCAGAAAGAAGCCCUCUUCGUCUUCUUCAACAGGACAGCCGAAGCUAAAAUCCCGUCCAUCAUUGAAUACAUCCUGGACCUCCUGGAAAGCGGGAGAGAGAAAUUCCUCGUGUUCGCCCACCAUAAGGUGGUGCUGGACGCCGUGACUAAAGAACUUGACCGGAAGAACGUGCCACACAUCCGCAUCGAUGGCUCCACAUCCUCUGCAGACCGGGAGACCCUGUGCCAGCAGUUCCAGCUGUCGGAGCGGCACGCCGUGGCUGUGCUGUCCAUCACAGCCGCCAACAUGGGCCUCACCUUCUCCGCAGCCGACCUGGUGGUGUUCGCUGAGCUCUUUUGGAACCCAGGGGUGCUGAUCCAGGCGGAGGACCGGGUGCACCGCAUUGGCCAGUCCAGCUCCGUGAGCGUCCACUACCUGGUGGCCAGAGGCACGGCUGACGACUACCUGUGGCCCCUGAUUCAAGAGAAGAUCAGAGUGCUGGGUGAGGCUGGGCUGUCCGAGGCCAAUUUCUCCGAGAUGACGGAAGCCACUGAUUACCUCUACAAGGAUCCAAAGCAGCAGAAGAUCUAUGACCUCUUCCAGAAGUCCUCUGAGGAGGACGGGAGCGACCUGGAGCUCCUGCAGGCCGUGGAAUCCUUUGACCCCGGAAGUGAUUUCCAGUACGAGGAGGAGCCCCCGGAUGACAGCGUCUCGUCCAGUGCCUCCCCCAAGAAGGGAAGAUUUGAAUUUUUCGAUAACUGGGACAGUUUUACCUCUCCCCUGUAAGAGGUACGGGGUGG